AUGAGGGGAGACGGUGGUGGAUCAUGGAACCUUCUGUUCAGGAGAAAUAUGUUUGGGCAGGAGAAGAGAGAGAUGGAUAUCCCGAGGCAGCGACUCCAACGGGUGAUGUUAAACCAUUCGAAGCCUGCUGAGUUAAUGUGGCGUUGGACGGGGGAUGGUACUUUCUCUGUGAAAUCAACGUAUGGGCAAUGGGAGUUGCUAUACCAGUCAAACAAUGCUCUCCUCGCCUCUGUUUGGAAGAACUUAUGCCCUCCAAAGAUGAAAAUUUUUGCUUGGUUGGCUGUUAAGGAAAAAGCUAUCACCAGGUCAAAACUGUUAAGUAGAAAUGUGUUAAAUGAGAUUCAUUUAGCUUUGUAUCCUCUCUGUUCACUGCAUCUUGAAACUCAUCAGCACUUAUUUCUUCAUUGCCAUUAUUCUUGGAGUGUUUGGUCUAUAAUUUUGGAGUGGCGGAAUAUGAAAUGGGUGUGCCCAGCUUCGGUCCCGGAAUUAGCUAGUUGGUGGUUUGCAAGUGGCUUUUCCAAUUUGGAGAAACAUAUUUGGAAAGCUUGUUUCUAUGCAACGCCAUGGUCCCUUUGGUUGGUAAGGAAUGACUAUGUCUUCAACUACUCAUCAAAACAGGCUUUGGAACUGAGAGACAUAGUUAAAACUAGGGUGGCGAUGUGGAUGAAGGCCAAAUUCGACAUUAAAGUCUACACCGUGGAAGAGUUCAAGUUAUUCCUAGAUGGCAUCAAAAAAUUGAAAUUGUAA